CAUUUCAUACCACACACUUUAUACUAAUAGAAGGAAGCUAAAUUAAUGACACUUAGACAGUUGUUCUUUUAAAUAUCUAAAUCGUGCUUUUUAUUUAUGGAAAAUAUCAAGUUUUUGUGAAUAUUUUAAUCAUGGAAUAAUUUGGAACGAAAAUACUGUAAUAAGCACAAAAUGGCUCUUGAAGUAUUUUGAUACAGUUAAUCACUAAAGAACAGAACAUACUAUCUGGAAUUAAGUGAACAGCUUAUUUUGCAACUUAUAUAUUCAAGUGAAUUACACAAGACUGAAUGAUGGCUUCUGUGGACUUAUUUCUUUAUGUUUUAGUGACGUUAUUUUGUUUUUUUGACUUUGGAUUUACACAAGCAGUUAUUUCACAGUCAAUAGAUAUCACAAUGAAGGGAGCAAAUGUCACAAAGCAUGAUGAAUAUUUAUGCAGCGGACAUCGAUUACCUAGAGGAGAUACAUAUAUAGUCCAAUUUGAAGCAAUACAAGAUAUUGGUCAAGCUCAUCAUAUUUUAUUAUUUGGAUGUGCAGAGCCAGCUAAAACUGAUCCUACAUGGCAUUGUGGCCAGAUUUGCAAGUCCACAGAACAAAUUUUAUUUGCCUGGGCAAAGAAUGCCCCACCACUUACUUUGCCUAAAGAUGUUGGAUUCCAUGUCUCAGGAAGUUCUAAUAUUGCCUAUAUAGUGGUGCAAAUACAUUAUGCUAAGCCUCUUUUAAAAGGUGAUAGACCAGACCGUUCAGGGAUUAAAUUACAUGUUACAAAUCAGAAACAAUUUUUUGAAGCAGGGAUUUAUUUAUUGCUAUCAUAUAGUACAAUUAUUAGACCUCAACAGAAAAAAGUUCAUUCAGACAUUUCUUGUGAAUUUAAAGCCUCUGGUAAUAUUUACCCAUUUGGAUACCGAACACAUGCACAUAGUUUGAGUCGAGUGAUCUCUGGUUACCAAGUAAACAGAACAACCAAUGGAUAUAACAUGAUUGGUAAAGGAAAUCCACAAUGGCCACAGUCAUUUUAUCCAGUUCAAAGUAAAGUAGUUAUAAAACCUGGUGACUAUUUGGUUGGAAGAUGUACUUAUAACUCAAUGUCAAGAAAUAGGAAUACAUAUAUUGGAUCGACUGCUGACGAUGAAAUGUGUAACUUUUACAUAAUGUACUAUACACCAGCAGGGACCAGAUUAUCAUCUCGCACAUGUGCAGGAAAUAACAUUCCAAACCUGGUCAAUAACCUCCCUAUUGGUUCUGAUGAAGAGCUGCCACCAAAUCCUAAGCUAGAGGCUGUGGCUCAUUCUCAUCAUGGUCACAUGGGUAAUCCUGAGGGCCACGAGGGACCAUCAACAACAACAACAACUACUACCACUACGACGACCACUCCGGUACCAACAGCCAAACAAGGUACUCACUACUUGGGUCAGUCAUCAGAGUUUGGCAUACCAUUACCACAAGUCCAAGGUGUAUCAUUUGAUAGUACUGCAUUAAUGGGACAAAUAGCUGGAGUGACUACUGAUAAACAGGGCAAUGUUUAUGUGUUCCAUAGGGCGGAGAGAGUUUGGGAUUAUAAUGCAUUUAAAUUUGACAAUACAAUUACCAACCAAGACAGACCCAUAUCUACUAAUACAAUUGUGAUAUAUAACAAAGAUGGGCAGAUCAUACGACAGCUGGGGAAAAAUAUGUUUUUCAUGCCUCAUGGGAUAGAAGUAGAUGACAAUAACAACAUAUGGGUAACAGAUGUUGGACUCCAUCAGGUUUUAAGGAUACCAGCUGGUAAAGACACCCCAGAUUUUGUCUUGGGUGAGAAGUUUGUACCAGGAUCAGACCUGACACAUUUCUGUAAACCCACUGAUGUUGUGGUGCUUAAGACAGGAGAAUUCUUCGUCAGUGACGGGUACUGCAAUGCCAGAGUUAUUAAAUUUGAUAAAGAUGGAAAUGUAAUUAAAACAUUUGGUACAAUGAACAUGGGUCAACGUGGUGAUGAUGGUUAUCCUCUCCCUGGCCAGUUCAACAUACCUCAUGCUAUGACCUUGGUAGAGGACAAACAAUGGAUAUGUGUAGCAGACAGAGAAAAUGGCAGGAUUCAGUGCUUUGACUUGGAUGGAAACUUCCAGAGGCAGUAUCAUCCUAAAGAAUUUGGAUCCAGAUUAUUUGCUGUGGAGUUCUGUCCCCUUCAUGGUGGCAUGUUAUUUGCUGUGAAUGGUCCUGCAGGUCCUAAUGGAGCACCAGUUCAGGGUAUUAUUGUUGACAUGGAAACUGGAAACACUCUUGAAACAUUCAACAAUCAACAGGGUUUAAAGAAUCCACAUGAUGUAGCUGUUGAUUCCACUAAUUUGAGAGUUUAUGUUGUGGAAUUGAAUCCAAAUAAACUAUGGAAGUUUGACAUGAAUCCACAGUUCACAAAAGCUGUUCCUUCAAGUACUACCUCAAGCUCUUCGUCCAGCUCAACAACAACAACUACAACAACAACGGUGACGCCCACAACAACAACACCAAUCCUACCAGAGAAAAAAGUUUUACCCAAAAAAGAUGAUUUAAUGCCUGCAUUAAUCAUUGGUGGACUGCUGGUUAUACCUGUAAUCAUCAUUAUCAUCAUUAUCAUUAUUGUUAGAAUGAGAAAAGCUGAUAAGUUUCGCAGAAGUGAGAACAUUUAUUCUAUAUUGAGGGGUGAAAUAGCCACAAGUAAAGGCCAAUACAAUUGUUGCAGACAACAUAAGUCAAGGGGAUCAAGGAAAAAAUUUAACCUUGGUAACUUCCUCAGUCCCCACAAAGGAUUUGACCGGCUAAGUAUGGAGGAAAGUGAUACAGAAUUCGAUCCACUCAACGAUUUUGAGGAAGAAGAAUAUUCAGCCCCAAGAAAAGCAUAAUGAGAACUUACAGGAGAUGACCUUGAGGAUGACCUUCAUAGCUGUAUAUAGCUUAUAUUCACAUAAUCAUUAUUUGCACUGCUAGUCCUGUCAUGGAAAACUUAUAAACUAUAGUGUAUAGAUUAUUAUUCUAACAGCUAAAGUUCUGUUUUAUAAUAAUGACAUUCAUUCAUCAAAUAUUGCCAGAAAUGCAAAAUUAUUGCCGCUGUCUAUAAAUUAAAAAUGCUUUGUACAAAGAGCAAAUCUGUGCUGUUAUACUGCAUGGAUCUUUUGUUAUUAAUUGUUGGUAUUUUUAUAAACAUAAAUUUAUUUUCAAAUUAUACACAACUUUGCAAAGAUUUUAUCAUCUUUAAUCUUCUGUACUUAAAUUGAAGCAAAAAUGAAAUACGUUUUGAUUUUAUAGAAUUUAUAAAACAUUUCCCACCCCUGGUUUUUCAUCUCAGGAUUGUGUUUAUGAAUAGAAGUUAUAUUUGUAUAUACUAUAAACAGUUGUAUUGAUAGUUUCAUCAAAUGGUGAUAUUUUUCUAAACUCUGUGCAAUAAUUAGUGAUAUACAUGAGUUCAAUUCUUGUGCAAUGAAGUGUAAAAUAAGGAGGACAUUUUUGUUUCUUAAACACACACUUGGAAAAAAUAAGUCUAAGUGAAAUGGGUUUUAUUUUAGCAAAUGGUCUUUUAUUUCUUAUGUUAAGUAUUUACCGAGGUCCAUUGAAGCUUGUGAUAGACAUCUGUUUGUGAUAGGGUUUGUACUUAGAUAUCCUGAUUGAACAAUUUAUUAUUUUAUAAUAGAAGAAACUCAGAACAGAAAGUGAGUGCUAUUUUAUUAAGGAUUCAGGGGAAGUUUAAGUAGCGCAUGAAAAGUGCAUUAUUCAUGCAUAUGGAAAAGAUAAGACGAUAAAUUCAUGGUAUGACAACAUGUAGAUUUGGCUUAUUAUAAUCAGUAGAUGUAUAUCAUAUAUCAAACACUGCUUUAUUAUAAUUCAAAAGUGCAUUUGUAAUUGAUGUUUUUUUAUUAGGGUUAAAAUUACACAUUAUUUUUUUGGGAUCAAAAUUUAGACAUGCAAUUGCUCUUCUAAAAACACAGGCAUUAAACAUGUUGUAGAUAUUUAUUGUCACAAUAAUUUGAUGUUGUAAUGAUGUUUUAAUUUUCAUCGUGAUCAUUAUUAACAUAUUUUAUUCAUAUGUACAUAUCACAUGAUUCUGUUUUGUUCAGCAUUAUCAAGGUCAUAUAUGGCAUUCCGAAAGACAUGUGUGUUAAAAUGCUGGACUAAAAUAGAUAAGAAUUUCUACCAUUUAUUGUGAUAAAUUGUUGUAGAAUUAAUAAAUCAUUGAAAAGGAUUAACUAUAGAGUAAGUAAGAGAUUUACUAGUACAUGAUUCAGCAACCCAUGACAAUAUCAAUAUCAGUCACAGUUUCAUAGACUCUAUCAAACCAUUACUUGAUAGACUAUAUGAAAAAAUCUUUUUUUAAGUAUAUAUAACAGUGUAUUUUAUAUGUCUUUUACAAUAUAGCAUACUGUUGCAACCAUUUACCAAUGGCAUUCCUAAAGGUGUGGCGUUGAAGUCUUGUUAUAUUCUUUAAUAUCAGACAAUAGUAGAAGUUGUUUAAAAAAAAAUGAGAAACAAUCUUUACAAAAUAUGUUAAACUCGACUGCUUAUUUUUAGAUCUCAGUGUUUUUAAGUGAAAAUUUUGGAUAAAAAAUAGGUUGAUAUAAAGGUUUUCUUUUCAAAUAUAACAUAUAUAUUUAAUAGAUUUCAUUUCUUUAUUUUUCAUUAUUAAUUGAGAAGUGGUUAUGAGAAAACUAUGAUUAUACCUGCUGCUAGAGAUUAUUUUAGUUCAUCUGAUAAGAAGUUGAUGACAAAGUUAUAAUUCAAGAACUGCAUUUUUUUUAACUUUAGUUUUCUAGUCAUUAUUUAAUUUUUGGACAUAGAGAAGAGAUGUUUGUGUAUAUUUAACUUUUGUUUCUAUGUAAAUCCAAAACUAUUUGAACAAAAUUGAUCUGAUAACAGAUCAUAAGAGUGUUUUCUUUACGAAAUUAAAUGUGCACAUCUUACUUCAAUGGCAUUGUUCAUUAGGCCAAAUAUUUUUUUGUAUGCUGGUCGAUUCUGUGAGGCUUAACAAGAUAUUGAAGUAUUGAUACAAAAUAUUAGUAUUACUGUGUACUUAAAACAAAUCUGUGAGAUAUGAUUGUUGUCUAUGUAUAAAUAAUAUGUAUGAAAUUGUAUAUAUUAUAUUUUUGUUAAGAAUUUGUUGUUAUUGUUGUAUGAAAUGUUAAGUUAUUUUUAGUUAUAAUUUUGAGAUCCUCAUAUUUCAAUGAUCUUAGUCAAUUGAAUUAAAAAGAUAAGGUUUUAUUUUGUCUUCUGAAAAAAACAUGAUCUCUUUAAGAUCUCAGAAAAACCUACUGAAAAUUUUUAGUGCAUGAAUUUUUUUUUUAUCCCUUGCUGAUUUUUGCAAGUGAGAAAAAUGUUUGAUUAAUUAAUGUUUUUUAUUUUCUAAAGAAAUUUCUAUUUAUUCUGUAAGUUUCAGUAUGUAUUUCAUUUUGAACAGUUUUUAAUGUUCAACUAUCUUCUAAACAGUCAAAUUACAAAAUUACAUUAGUUUUACUUUGAAAUAUGUGAUUUUUGUAAUGUUAACAUUUAUUUCUACAUUCAAUUUCCCUCCAAUAUCCAACUAAGUGUAAAAAGGAUAUGAUUGCUAAGGGUUUUAUUUCCCCUGUGAUACUAUUAUAUAUUUAUGUCUUGUAAACUGUGGAGAUAAUGUAAAAAUAAACAUGUCCAAAAUA